GUCGUGACGCCAACUCCAUCCCCGGGCCCUGGUCGAAGGGAUGUUCCCGGCUCGGGAGGAGGCGGACAGGACCGUGUUUGUGGGGAAUUUAGAGGCCCGAGUGCGGGAAGAGAUUCUUUAUGAGCUUUUUUUACAGGCUGGACCAUUAACCAAAGUGACUAUAUGCAAAGACAGAGAAGGAAAGCCAAAGUCUUUUGGAUUUGUCUGUUUUAAACACCCAGAAUCAGUGUCUUACGCCAUAGCCCUGCUGAAUGGAAUCCGCCUGUAUGGAAGACCAAUAAAUGUGCAGUACCGAUUUGGGAGUUCUCACUCUUGUGAACCAGCUAACCAAAGUUUUGAGAGCUGUGUUAAGAUAAAUACACAUAGCUACAGAAAUGAAGAGGUUGUGGGCAGAUCUUCACUUCCCACACAGUUCUUUUCAAUGAAUAAUGCUGCUUUACCUCAGGAAUAUUUUUUCGUUCCAAAUAUGCAGUGGAAUGCAUAUAAUCCAAUGCUUCCACUUCCUUACUCUGAGAUGGCAGUGCCACUUCCUAAUAGCACAUCCCUGUCUUCUUCACUAAAUCACAUUCCAGACUUAGAGGCUGGACCCAGCUCUUACGAAUGGACUCACCAACAACCGAGCGACCCCGACCCUUACCAGAUGAAUAAACGAAAGAGGCAAAAUCAAUCCAGUGAUAGUGACAGUAGCACAGACAACAGUAGAGGAAAUGAAUAUACCCAGAAGUUCAGAAGGUGUAAGAAGAAGAAACGGUGUUAGUAUUACAUUCAGAUGAGAGAUGUCUUUACUGGGCUUAAUUAUCUUAAAAGAAAAAAAAAAACUGUAUUCAACCAAAUGACUGAUUUCAUGGCUGUCAUUUUUUAAAUAUAAUAAUAAUACUUAUCUAAUUUCUUAGUUUUUGUCUGGAAUGAGAAUAACUUAAAAAUUAUACAAUGUACUACUUUUUGCGUCUGUCAUGCUAUUGUUGACUCAUUGUCAACAGGAAAUACACUUUGAGUUGUUUUUAGUACUAAUGAUGAAAUUGCACUAAGCAGUGGGUUAAGCAGUUGGCUGGUAACUGAAAGGUCAGCAGUUCGAAUCCACCAGCCACUCUUUGGAAACCCUAUGGAGCGGUUCUACUCUGUCCUGUACAGAAUCGACUUGACGGCAACAGGUUUGGUUUUUUGGUAUAAAUCAAAGGUUACUUACUAAACACUUACGUGUAAGGUACCAUACUACCCUAGAUUAUUACGUGAAACCCUCAACUAUAAAUGAGCUAGGAUUAGAGCUGGAGCUGUGGAUUUUCUGAAAGCAACUAGUGCAAAUAUUUCAGAGUUGCACAUUUUUCUUACUGAAGACUGGCUAAGCAGGCUUUAGCUUCCUCUGCUAAUACUUUAGAUAACAUUUUGUAUUUUAUUUCUAGAGGUGUUGUUUCUGUACCACACUCUCCUAUGGGUUUAUCUUACAAAGUGAGGACAUACGACAGUAAUACCAAAGGAAACAUUAUCACGGAACCAA